GGCGGGGGCUCUUAGACGCUGUACCUUAGGAAAGGAUCUUUGAUUUCCUCAAAGCAGAAAACCCGUGCUUGCUUAUUUUUUUUUAAAAAAAAUAAGUUUCCUACAUUUCUGUACUUUACAGAGAUUUCUAUAGAGACAGGAAUUUGAUCCAUGUAUGAAGUGCAGUGAUCCCUAAUGACAACUUGAGUGACUCCCUGAGGCGGUGGGAGAGGGCCUGGCUUGCAGUGGCACAGAGUUUUGGGGUGCACCUGACUAGGUGGUUUCUCCUGGCAGGCUGGAUCCUGGACACCAGUGAUGCACCAUGCCAAUUGUUGAUAAGCUGAAGGAAGCGCUGAAGCCUGGCCGCAAGGACUUGGCGGACGAUGGGGAGCUGGGGAAGCUGCUGGCCGCCUCUGCCAAGAAGGUCCUGCUCCAGAAGAUCGAGUUUGAGCCUGCCAGCAAGAGCUUCUCCUACCAGCUGGAGUCCCUGAAGAGCAAAUAUGUGUUGCUGAACCCCAAGACGGAGGGAGCCAGUCGCCACAAGAAUAGUGAUGAACACCAGGCCAGGAGACAGGGUGGCGAGCACGCGUACGAGAGCCACACCGAUGGUGUCCCGGCCCCGCAGAAGGUGCUCUUCCCCACAGAGCGGCUGUCUCUGAAGUGGGAGCGUGUUUACCGCGUGGGAGCAGGGCUCCACAACCUUGGCAACACCUGCUUCCUGAACGCCACCAUACAGUGUUUGACCUACACGCCGCCGCUCGCCAACUACCUGCUGUCCAAGGAGCACGCUCGGAACUGUCACCAGGGGGGCUUCUGUAUGCUGUGUGUCAUGCAGAACCACAUCAUCCAGGCCUUCGCCAACAGCGGCAACGCCAUCAAGCCCGUCUCCUUCAUCCGUGAUCUGAAAAAAAUCGCCCGGCAUUUCCGCUUUGGGAACCAAGAGGAUGCCCAUGAGUUUCUCCGGUACACCAUCGACGCGAUGCAGAAGGCCUGCCUGAACGGCUAUGCCAAGCUGGAUCGUCAGACGCAGGCCACUACUCUGGUCCACCAGAUUUUUGGCGGAUAUCUCAGAUCCCGUGUGAAAUGUUCCGUGUGCAAGAGCGUCUCGGACACCUACGACCCCUACCUGGACAUCGCUCUGGAGAUCCGGCAAGCUGCCAACAUCGUACGAGCCCUGGAGCUCUUUGUGAAACCAGACAUCCUGAGCGGGGAGAACGCCUAUAUGUGCGCCAAAUGCAAGAAGAAGGUUCCAGCCAGCAAGCGCUUCUCCAUCCACAGAGCGUCCAGUGUCCUGACCCUUUCCCUCAAGCGCUUUGCCAACUUCAGCGGGGGUAAGAUCACCAAGGAUGUAGGCUAUCCAGAGUUCCUGAACAUCCGCCCAUACAUGUCCCAGAGCAAUGGCGAGCCGGUCAUGUACGGGCUCUAUGCCGUCCUGGUCCACUCGGGCUACAGCUGCCACGCAGGGCACUACUACUGCUACGUGAAGGCGAGCAACGGACAGUGGUACCAGAUGAAUGACUCCCUGGUGCACUUGAGCAACGUCAAGGUGGUUCUGAACCAGCAGGCCUACGUGCUCUUCUACCUGCGGAUUCCAGGCUCCAAGAAGAGUCCGGAGGGCUCCAUCUCCAGAGCGGCCUCCACCCUCUCCAGCCGCCCAAGCAUACUUCCAGACCACCUCAAGAAGAACAUCAGCAAUGGGGUGGCUUCCUCUCCGCUGACUGGAAAGCGACAGGACCCCGUGACGACGAAGCUGCACCCCACAGAGGAGCUUGGCGUGCCCGUCUCCCGGAACGGCUCUGUGGCAGGCCUGAAGCCCCAGAACGGGAAUGUCCCUCCAAAGCCACCCUUGGGGUCCCCGUCCUCCAAACUCUCCAAAACGCCGAUGCACAGGCCGACCAUUGUAGAUGAGCCUGGAAAGAAGGCCAAGAAGUGUGCCCCGCUGCAGCCCCUCUCCCCGUCCCCCAAAACUCCUCAGGGGCCACACAGCACCAGUGACUUGAAGGGCAGCAGGUCGGAGAGCCGGAGGCCGGGCUCCUGGGACAGCAGGGACACCGUCCUCUCUACCUCACCGAAGCUCCUGGCCGAAGCAACCACCAACGGGCACGGGCCAAAGGGGCGCGAGCAGAGCCCCGACCUCGCGGGGGAGGAUUCCUGCACCUCCAGCCCGGACCACUCUGCCAGCAGUGACGCCACCAGGGCCCCCCACACCCCCAAGAGUGGAGCCACCCAUUUCUGUGAUUCUCAGGAAACAAACUGUCCCGCUGGCGGCCGCCCCAAAGCACUGGCGAACGGAGCCGACGCAGAGAUGGCGAAGCCGAAGUCCCCUGCCCUGAGCAGCACCGCCACUGAGCCUGCGAGCAUCAUGUCUCCCCCACCAGCCAAAAAGCUGGCCCUGUCAGCCGCCAAGAAGGCCCACACCCUGCGGAGGGCGACCGGCACUGACCUCCGUCCACCUCCCCACCCACCGUCCUCCGACCUCACCCGCCCCCUGAAAGCCACUCACCCUGUCGGCGCCGCCACUGGGCCUGCCAGUCAGACCAGGGCUGUUCCGCCUGCUCCCACACCAUCCAGCCGUCCGAGGCCACCCUUCAGCCCCCACUCCACGUGUCCUUCAUUUCCCGUCAGCUCCCAGACUCUCGGGAGGGCAGAGCCCCAGAGCUGCUCCUCUGUCCCUGUUCCCCGGCCUCAGGUGAACGGGGACUCCGCGUCCCCUCCAUGCCAGCUGCAAGAGGCCAGCAAGGUCCCCCAGAGCAUCCCUAAAAAGAGGAAGAAACACCGUGCGCGAGAGACGAGAGAACAGGGCUCAGAGCCGUGCUCCUCGCAGCACGGCGGGGACACCGCCGCCGUUCCUCGUGUGAAGAAGCGGAGGAAGAAGAGGAAGCAUGCAGAGGACGAUGGCGUGUCUGCUCUGCAGGAGAGGCCAGCGUGGGCACAGAACCAGCGCCACGGGGUCGGGAAGCAGUGCCGGGUGGAGCCGCCUGCGGACAGACUGCAGGAGGGUGGAGGACAGCAGGUCGGAUGCAUGACAGACAUCCACCAUGUGGGCAGCAAGAAGAAGAAGAGGAAGAGAGUGGAGGGGCUCCACGGAGAACAGGACCACCGCCGAGACCCAGCCAUGCACAGCCGCUGCUCGCCCUCGGCUGACACUCAGCCCGACGCUGCUGCAGAAUCCCCGAGGAAGAAGAGGAAGAAGAAGCAGAGAAAGCACGAGUCACAGCAGGAGGUGGAAGAGAACGAGCAUCAGAACGGCCAGAGAUGGGACAGGCAGAAUGACCCUCCCGUCCCCGAGCUGAGCAGUCACUUGCCCACGGUGAACGGUAGGUGCCCGGGUGGGAAGAGGGGGCAGACACACGGCCCGCUUGGGUCCUGGGACACAGAGAGACAGUCUGACGUGGUCCAGGAAUUGCUCAGAUACUCAUCUGAUAAAGCUUAUGGGAGAAAAGUUUUGACAUGGGAUGGCGAGAUGUCUGCUGUCAGUCGGGACGCUAUUGAAGACAGCAGACUGGCCCGGACCGAGACGGUGAUUGACGACUGGGAUGAAGACUUUGAUCGUGGGAAGGAAAAGAAAAUGAAAAAGUUCAAGAGAGAGAAGAAGAGAACCUUCAAUGCCUUCCAGAAGCUUCAGAGUAGACGGAACUUUUGGUCUGUGACUCAUCCAGCGAAGGCCACCAGCCUCAGCUAUCGUCGCUGA